AUGGCGGCGGCGGUGGAGAGCGUGGUGGUGGUCCACAACGUGGCGAAGCGGCACAACGUGGGGACGCUGGCGCGGAGCGCGACGGCGUUCGGCGUCGCGGAGGUGGUCGUCGUCGGCCGCCGCGACGACGAGAGAGGGUGUGACAUCUGCGGCGUGGAGAUCACCGAGGACGCGAAGCCUGUGACCGCGCACCCGUUCCGUCGGAGCACAGCGUUCCUCUUCGGCAAUGAGGGCACAGGACUUUCACAAAAAGAGUGCGAUAUCUGUGACUUCUUUGUCUACAUUCCUCAGUAUGGUGGUGGAACUGCAUCUCUCAAUGUUACAGUUGCAGCUUCAAUUGUUCUCCACCACUUUGGGGUCUGGGUUGGCUUUCCUGAACGAGGCCGAGAGGGCAACAAAUUCAUUGUGGCUGAUAGACCACAGGGGCACUCAAGGGGCCUUUACUGCACAGACUCAAUUGAAGCAGUGAUUGAAGAGCAGAAAAUGCGAAAAGAAAAUGCAUGUGAUAUACUUGAGGAAAAUGGAGGCAGCCAUCCUCAGGAAUCAAAUGGCCUAGAUUUGAUGUUUACAGACUAG